CCGAGCCCGCAGGGUGCGCCCGCGUCGCGCCCCGGGCGGAGCUCCGGGCCAUGGCGGCCGCCGAGCCCAAGCCCCCCGCGGGGGCGGCCGCGGCCGGGCGCCUGGCCCGAGGCUGCUGGUCCGCGUUCUGGGACUACGAGACACCCAAGGUGAUCGUGGUGAAGAACCGGCGCCUGGGCGUCGUGUACCGCUCGGUGCAGCUCCUCAUCCUGCUCUACUUCGUGUGGUACGUGUUCAUCGUGCAGAAGAGCUACCAGGACAGCGAGACGGGCCCCGAGAGCUCCGUCAUUACCAAGGUCAAGGGCAUCACCUUCUCCGAGCGCAAAGUGUGGGACGUGGAGGAGUACGUGAAGCCCCCCGAGGGAGGCAGCGUGUUCAGCAUCAUCACCAGGAUCGAGGUCACACCCUCGCAGACCCUCGGAACCUGCCCGGAGAGCGUGAGGGUUAGCAACGCCUCCUGUGACACGGACGAGGACUGCGUAGCGGAACAGCUGGACAUGCUGGGAAGCGGCCUGCGGACCGGGCGCUGCGUACCCUACUACCAAGGGUCGGCCAAGACCUGCGAGGUGUGGGGCUGGUGCCCGGUGGAAGACGGGGCGUCGGUCAGCCAAUUUCUCGGCAAGAUGGCUCCGAAUUUCACCAUCCUCAUCAAGAACAGCAUCCACUACCCUAAAUUCCAGUUCUCCAAAGGCAACAUCGAGCACCGGAAGGACGGCUACCUGAGACGCUGCACGUUCGAUGAGGUCUCCGACCCCUACUGUCCCAUUUUCAAGCUGGGCUUCAUUGUGGAACAGGCCGGGGAAAACUUCACGGAGCUCGCACACACGGGUGGUGUCAUCGGGGUCAUUAUCAACUGGGACUGUGACCUGGACCUGUCAGCGUCAAAGUGCAACCCCAAGUAUUCUUUCCGGAGGCUUGACCCCAAGCACGUCCCAGCCUCGUCUGGCUACAACUUCAGGUACCUUGGCCUUGGGACACCUGGGUCCUCAUCUGCCCUGGCUGUGGUGGCUCUAAAAGAACAGGGCAGGUGCUCCAAGGUCCAGGGGAGCUUCCCAUCUUGGGUGAUGGGUGGGCGCCCGCCACCGUGCUCCUCAGGGUCCUGCUGUCCCAGGUUUGCCAAGUAUUACAAGGUAAACGGCAGCGCCACCCGCACGCUCAUCAAGGCCUAUGGGAUCCGCAUCGACGUCAUUGUGCAUGGACAGGCAGGGAAGUUCAGCCUGAUUCCCACCAUCAUUAAUCUGGCCACAGCACUGACCUCCAUCGGGGUGGGCUCCUUCCUGUGUGACUGGAUCUUGCUGACGUUCAUGAACAAAAACAAGGUGUACAGCCAUAAGAAAUUCGACAAGGUGUGCAAACCCAGGCGCUCCUCUGGUAGCUGGCCUGUGACUCUGGCUCUUGUUUUGGGCCAGGCUCCUCCCCCACCCUGUCCCUGCUCUGCAGACCCAGGCCAGUCCCUGGCCGCCCCGCCCCCAUGGCCUUGCCCUGCCUCUGCCCCUUCUGAGCAGAUGGCCGACGCCCCUGAGCAGACUGUGGGACCAGAGUUGUGUGCCUCCGAGCCUUCCCGGCAGGACUCCACACUCACGGACCCCCGAGGUUUGGCCCAGCUCUGAGCCCACCACAUGCCUUCCAUCAUGCUGUGUCCAAGGCGGGCCUGAUGGGGUCCUGAAGUCUGGUCCCGAGACCAAGCCGCCAGCUCCCCUGGGCCCUGCCCAUGCACCUCAACACGCUCUGAGAAGCUGGGAACGAAAAGACCCCCCGCGCAACCGGGCAGUGGGCGGGCACGAAAUGGGUGGCACCGGAUCCUGGCUGGCCCCCCAACGUCCCCGGGGCCUGGAGGAAGGGGUAAACUCCUGCCUCCUCCUCCUCCCUAGCUGACCUCCUCACAAACUUCUCACCCCUCCCCACCCAGACCUUUUGCUUGCUUCAUAGCCAAGAAGUCACAUACCCAGAGUCCAAUAAACCUGUGUCCAGAA